AUGAAGAGGCCGGCCGCUGCGGAUGCUUCGGCCACAGCGAAACAGAAGAUUAUGAGAAAGCCAGCCGCUGCGGACGCUACAGCCCCGGCGGUACAGAAAAAACCAGCAGCAUCGAUGUCAGCGAUAGAGGCGGCUGUGGACCCAGACGCGAGAAAGGCUCUUGCGCCAGCUGAGGUAGAGGUCGUGCGGGGCGAGGCCUUGUCCAUCUGCCGCAGGUUAGAGAGUGGGGAGCUGAAGGUCGCGGACUUGGGGAAUUCGCCCGACACCAAGAGCUACGAUCUCCUCCGAAAUUUGGCGCCGAAGUGGCUCGCCUCCGAGAACCAUCAGAAGGUCGUGCAGGACCUCCAAGAGUGCUACCCCGGGGACCCGGCAUUUUCAGAGUUUGCGGGGAUCGUUGCCUACGCGAUCGACGGCGGUCCCGUGUCGCACAGGCAGAUCUACAAGAUCUUGUUCUCCGAUGCAAGCGAUAAGCGUUUUUUCUGCGUGGGUGUGGAGAAUGGACAUAUGAUCGGCGACGCUGCAAACCAAUUUCGGGAGUUCCUGGAGACGAAGUGCCGCCCUGAGGACUUGAGAGAAGCCAUGGCCAGCUCGCCUCUGAAGCUUCUGGAGAAUAUGUGGGUGGAGUUUAUCGACGCCGAGGGUGGCUCGCAUGCUUGA